GAGGGAUAUAGCCAACCCAAGAGAACCUAUCUGGCUAUCUGCAAAGGUUGCUUUCAGUAUUGUCAUUGUCUUAUCUUCUUGCUCAUUUUCUCAAGCAAAGCAACCCAAGCCAAGAGCUCACAUUAAAUUCUUCAAAACCAAAAGUUAAGCAGCUUAUUAUCGAACCAUUUUGAUUCUUUAAUUGCAUGCACUAAUUAUACGUACCAAAAAUGAAGUUUGGGAAAGAGUUUGGGGCACAAAUGGUUCCAGAAUGGCAAGAAGCAUACAUGGACUAUGAUUUCCUCAAAACUCUUCUGAAAGAGAUCCAAAGGUUCAAGCUAAGAAACAGGCCACCGGCCACCCCAGGUGGUGGUCUAAAGAGAAAGUUGACCAUGUAUAGGGCUUUCAGUGGCCUAACACAGAGAAACAACCACAGUCCCAAGAUCCCUUCUUCUUUUCCUGACAUUGAAAGCCAAUCAAUUUUGGUGAAUUCUGUCAACCGCGAUGGCUCUCAAAGCUAUGAGACUACUUUCCUUAUGUCUUCGGAUGAAGGAGGAGAGUAUGAGCUGGUGUAUUUUAGAAGACUUGAUGAUGAGUUCAAUAAGGUGAACAAGUUUUAUAAGGCUAAAGUUGAAGAGGUAAUGAAGGAGGCUACCAUGUUAAAUACUCAAAUGGACGCAUUGAUUGCUUUUAGGAUCAAAGUGGAGAAUCCUAUUGGCUGGUCUGAUAGGUCCGCUGAUAUGACUCGCCUUGCUUCUGAUGUUGCAGCUUCUGCUGCUACACUGGCAGCUUCCACUCCAUCCGGAGCUAGAGCAAGCAGAGGAGUUCAUAUAAUGGAUUCGAUUGAAGAAGGUCCAAGCCUGCAUGAUGAUGAACAAUCCGAUAAAUCAAUAAAUGAUAGAGAGGAGGGGAACGGUGGCAAUGGCAUUAGGAAGGUACAAGCAGUAGAGAAGCCACAGAACAUUAGAGGCGCUAGACCAGCUCCACUGGAGAUACUAAACCAUGUGAAAAUGAACAACACACUUGAGACUCCUCGCUCCACCAUUAAAGGGUUCCUCAAAGUUCCCCAGAAGACAGAACUGAAAUUCACAAGGGAAAAUCUGAGGAGAGUUGAGGAACAACUCAAGCGUGCUUUCGUUGAGUUUUACCAAAAGCUUCGGCUCCUUAAGAGUUACAGCUUCUUGAAUACAUUAGCAUUUUCGAAAAUCAUGAAGAAGUAUGAUAAGAUUACUUCAAGAGAUGCAUCAAAAGCUUACAUGAAAAUGGUGGACAACUCCUACCUUGGCAGUUCUGAUGAGGUAACCAAAGUCAUGGAAAGGGUUGAAGCUACAUUCAUUAAGCAUUUCUCAAACUCAAAUCGGAGCAAGGGAAUGAGCAUCUUAAGACCAAAAGCGAAAAGAGAAAGACACAGGACAACAUUUUAUAUGGGUUUUUUCUCUGGCUGCACAGCAGCUCUUAUAAUAGCUCUUAUUUUGAUCAUACGUGCCCGCAAUAUCAUGGAUGAGCCAGGGAGAGAAACAUACAUGAAAACCUUGUUUCCCCUUUACAGCUUUUUUGGGUUCAUUGUCCUGCAUUUGAUAAUGUAUGCUACCAAUAUAUUCUUCUGGAGGAGAUACCGAGUGAAUUAUUCCUUCAUAUUUGGUUUCAAACAAGGAACAGAAAUGGGCUAUCGACAAGUUUUCCUUGUUGGUUUCGGUAUUGCAGUACUAGCACUGAUCUGUGUGCUCUCAAACCUCGACAUGGAGAUGGACCCUAAAACAAAAGAUUAUGAGCAAUUUACUGAACUUCUCCCUCUGAUCCUGGUUAUACUUCUCCUUGUUCUGCUGUUCUUGCCAUUCAAUGUCCUAUACCGUUCAGCUCGCUUCUUCUUACUCAUAUGUCUCUUUCACUGUAUUGCAGCUCCUCUCUAUAAGGUUGUACUCCCUGAUUUUUUCUUGGCAGAUCAACUGACCAGCCAGGUGCAAGCUAUCAGAAGUCUGGAGUUCUAUGUCUGCUAUUAUGGUUGGGGAGACUACAAACAGAGAGAAAACACUUGCAAAACAAGUGGUGUAUACAACACCUUCUAUUUCAUCGUUGCUGUGAUUCCUUACUGGUCUCGUCUUCUUCAGUGCCUUCGGCGUCUGUUUGAAGAGAAAGAUCCAAUGCAAGGAUACAAUGGAUUGAAGUAUUUUGUGACAAUAGUAGCUGUUUCCCUGAGGACAGCUUACAGUCUUAACAAAGGGAUUGCUUGGAAAGUGAUUGCUUGGAUUUUCUCAGUCACAGCAGCAAUCGCAGGUACAUACUGGGAUCUGGUUAUUGAUUGGGGGCUUCUUCAGCGCCAUUCCAAGAACCGUUGGCUGAGAGACAAACUCCUUGUCCCUAACAAAAUUAUAUACUAUGUAGCCAUGGUUUUGAAUGUCUUGCUGAGAUUCGCUUGGUUACAGACUGUCUUGAAUUUCACGUUCUUUUCCUUGCAUAAAGAGACUUCAAUUGCCAUUGUUGCUAGCCUCGAGAUCAUUCGCCGUGGCAUAUGGAAUUUCUUCAGGUUGGAGAAUGAGCAUCUGAACAAUGUAGGAAAAUAUCGUGCAUUCAAGUCAGUACCACUACCUUUCAACUAUGACGAGGAUGAUGACAAAGAUGAAUAGCUAUCCUUUCGUCAACAUUGGAUAAAACCGGAGAAUAUAACACAGAAAACUAAGAAAAGUCGUACAGAAAACUCUUUUGACGGGUGAAAAAGUAAAGGAAAAUAACCAAACCAGGUUCAUUUUUGACAAUCGACAGAAACAAAAGAGAAAAAACAAGAACAAUGUUCAUUGAACCCAAUUUUCAGAAUGAUUUGUAUUCUUUAUUUUCUAUGUAUAGCCGCUAUUAUUUUGA